AACUAAGGGAGUAAAGUCAGAAAAAUUCAAUGUCCUUUUAGAGGGUGUUGCAGUUGCAGAUAGUAACUGUAGAUUCUAAGCCGCGCUUAAAAUGAGGGCAGUACUGGUGUCGGUGUUGCCGCUUCCACCUUCCCAUCGACUUUCCACUCAAAACCACAAUCCCAAUUCGCACCUCCGUUUUCCUUCUUCUUCUUCUGUCACUUCCUCCACAUCCUCCAACAGAACCAUAGUGUUUGGCGUCAAUCCCAGCGACUCCAAAAAAGACCCUUCCUUCUUCGACGAAAAUGGCGCCGUCAACGACAUGGAAGGUUACCUCAACCACCUCUCCCUCGAAUACGACUCUGUCUGGGACACUAAACCCUCUUGGUGUCAACCCUGGACAAUAGCUCUGACGGGGGUAUCAAUUAUUGCCAUUAGCUGGUUGAUUUUGCAUUCGGUGAUAAUCACUUCACUUAUAUCAUCACUAAUAUGUGCAUGGUGGUACAUCUUCCUCUAUUCUUAUCCCAAGGCAUAUUCAGAUAUGAUUGCUGAACGCAGAGAAAGAGUUACAAAUGGUGUUGAAGACACAUUUGGUCAAAAGAAGAAUCAGUAAUUCGUAUUAUUCUUGCCCCUUCUUUCCUUGCUCUGUACCUUUGCUUGUAUUUUCAUAUUCAAUUACUGAAUAGUACUCCUUGAGGCUUCAUUCAUGUUAUGUUACUGCCAAUUGGCCUGGAGAUCAUAGGGUGAUGUACAAGUCUUGACAAAUAACGCUGUAUAAUAAAUAUUUGACCUUUUCUUCACA